AUGAAGACACCGCGGCAGCAUGAAAGGAAUCUCUCCGCACUCUUCGCUGCCUUAUCCUGCGCAGAACAACGCGAUCAGGCCAUACUGACCGCAUCUGACAUGGCUUCCGAGUCAUCCCAUGUCGAUAUUGCUACCCCUCAGGCGGGAAAAGCAGACCAAAAUGCCAGCCCGGCUGAGGACAGCGCAAAGAGGAAAGCGGAACAGAGCAACGGAACUCACACGCGCACAAAGCGGAAUCGCUACAUCUCAAUUGCCUGCAAUGAAUGUAAGCGACGCAAGAUCAAGUGCAACGGUCAAGUGCCAUGCCAGCGCUGUGGCCAUUUGAAACUCGAGUGCCGAUACGCCCCCAAUUGCUGUAACAAUAACUUCAAGGAUUCCGAGGAGUUCCGUUCGAUGAAAGACCAGAUCACAACUCUGCAGGAACAGGUAAACAGUCUCUUCACUAGUCUGAACGAUCUUCGGAAUCAAAGAUCAUCUUUGGACUCGCCGAAUCUGGAGGACCUCUCUCGGGAUGGCUCACAGUCGGUCUUUACGCCGAUGCACGCAGCUACCGUCAGACCUCGCGUAAGACAUCUGCGGUUUCACGGUCCCACUAGCUCCGCCUUCAAUUUCGAUGUCGCCAGAUCCAGUCUUCAGAACAUGGGCAUUGCACCCGCCGAAGAAGUCAUGAAUGACGACCUGACAACGGCCCAAGCCACGCCGGCCGCAUCGCCGCCUGCUCAGCAGGCUGUAUUCACACAGCCCAUACAUCCAACCAAAGAUCCAAUAUGGGCAAUCAAACGGGAGGAAGCUCUACGACUCUGUCAUGUCUAUGAGGAAGAAGUCGGUAUUAUGUAUCCGCUUGUGGAUAUUGAGAAGGUCACCAAUCAAGUCAACCUCCUCUAUACAUUCAUGGAGGCUGCAAUGCGAACUGGCUUCGCGCAGCGAGCAUUCCCGGGCUCAGACUCUCUCCACGAUGAUAAUACAAUUAUCCUCAAGAUGAUUCUCGCCAUAACGUUGAUUGUGGAGGGGAGCGGGCGAAGUGAUCUGGGCCAACGUCUUUUCUUGAGUGUCAAGCCAGUCAUUGAGGCUAAGCUUUGGGGACCGAUCGACAUCAAGACCAUCCAGCUCUUUGGCAUGGUGGCAACUUACCAUUUCCACACGGAUGACGAUGCGAUGGCCUACCGAGUGAUAGGAUUCGCUGCACGUAUGUGCCUUGAACUGGGUCUGCACCGACGGGAGGCGUUGAUGAAAUCCUUUCCGAACGAGGAUCAAUGGGCUGACGUCACCAAGAUCUUCUGGACAAUCUACAGUUUGGAUAGACGCUGGAGUCUUGGUACCGGGCUGCCCUUUGUCAUUCAAGAUGAGGAUGUCGACCCUAACCUCCCUGAGCCUGACGGAUCGCUGCCUUACUUGAGGUGUAUGAUCUCAUAUAAUCGUAUAAGCUCAAAGAUAUGGUAUUCCGGACUUGGCUCUGAGGGCACGACAGACAUACGCAGGGAUGAGAUCGGGUAUCUGGACUACCAGGUUCUCCAGUGGUACAAGCAGGUUCCCGAUGCAUUGAAGUUUUAUCCUGGCGACUCUCCAAAGCAUGGCGAGACGGCAAGCCGGGGUUUGCGGCGACUACGGGUGCUGCUGUACUUGCGCAUGAAUCAGCUUCGGAUUCUCAUCUAUCGGCCCGUACUACAUUCUUCUGCGAGUAUCGCCGAAGACAAAGGUCAUGCUCAAACUGUGGUGGAUGUCGCCAAAGAUACAGUGCGAGUGCUCACUCAGCUUAAUCAUACGUCUGACAUAUACCGCACUCAACAAAUUACCUUCAACUACUUCCUUGUCGCCGCUCUCGCGGUGCUCUUUCUGGCUGUAUGUCAUGCGCCAAACGAAUUCAACCGCCAGGUGCGAGAUGAGUUCUACAUGGCACUCGAUCUGAUCAACGGUUUCAGUACAAAAUCUUACGUAUCAAAGCGGCUCUGGAAGACGAUCAAGGGGUUGAGAAUGAUUGGGGAACGGCUGGGAGUGCUGGCGCGCCCGUUCGGCUCGGACUCGAACGACCCCCAUUCAACGGCUGCUGUCGCCAUGGCGGGCCUGGCGGGCCAUUCAAUCGAGAAUCUGUCUGUCUAUGGACCGAUGAACGGGGUCAAUGAACUGGGAAACAGUCCUUUGAACGGACUGCAGAUGAGUCAAGAGCUCACCAACCUGUUCGAGGCUGUUGGAGGAUUUAGCAGCUUCAUUGCAUCUGGUACAGCACCCGAAGGUAUACCCGGGUUUGUAAGUCAUGAUGGAGAGCUUCAAAACACGGGCGAGGGACUUUCAGGCAUUUUUGGCGAUGAUGGCGAGCUGUCCCGGAUCAUCAGAGAGCUCUUUUGA